AUGCAUUUCGAAGCCAAAGCUGCAAUGCAAAAUACAAAGCCGGUGCAAUGCUAUAUAUGCCUUAAAUACAAUCACGUAGCAAAGUACUGCAAAACGAAACAGCAGAUAUGUGCUCGAUGUGGUGAUAAUCAUCGUAUCGAUCAAUGUACUGCUGCUAGUGAUGCAAUGAAAUGCUGCAAUUGUAAAGGUAGUCAUUUAGCAACAUCAAAUGAAUGUGCAACUUAUAAAGAACAAGAGCAAAGAAUGCACAAUUUAGUAAAUCAAUAUUCAUCCACAAAUAAACCGACAACAACAGCACCAGCCAUACAUGAUAUUAAUGAAUUUCCAUUGCUACCAAACAUUUCUCAACGUCAACAAGAAUAUCUACAUAAUGAAUUAUUCGAUGAAAUCAUUAAUGUAUUAAGCAGCAAAAUGGAAAAAAUCAUCGAAGAAACAACCAGUCGAAAUGAUCGAGUAGGAAAACUUGGUGGUGGAGUUUUAUUAGCAGUGAAACAACACAUUAAAUGUCGAGAAGUACUUAACAAAACAUCACAGAUGAAUGAAAUAAUUGCAAUUGAAGUUGAAACACAAUUAUUCAAGUCGAUAUUGAUAGCCUCCAUCUAUGUUCCACCAACAGCAAAGAUGGAUCUUAAUAUCUUUCAAGAAUUGUAUAACAUCAACAACAACUGUAUUAUUGUAGGUGAUCUCAAUGCAACAUUACAUCACAUGGGAUCAGCCAAGGGAAAUGCAAGAGGAAGACAGCUGCAAGAAUUAUUUAAAGAAGGUUUUAUUGAAGGUGUAGAUGAUGAUACUCCAACAUUUGAAAAGAAUGACUAUGAAGUUAAGCUCGACUGGCUUUUAGGUAGUCAGCCACUUCUAUCUUUCACAUCAAAUAUUGAAACACACCCACCAAUUGGUACAUCAUGCGGACACAAACCAUUAACCUUCGACAUUUCCAUUGGAGCUGAACCAAAACCUGCAUCUCCAAGAAUGUCAUUUAAUUUUAAAGCAGCAAAAUGGUCAAAAUUUCGAAGCAAAUUAGAUCAACAACUGAUGCUAUGGAAUAAUGAUCGUCGUUUAGAUUCAGCAUUAGAUAUAGAAGAAUAUACGUCGUUUAUUACUAAUUCCAUAUUAGUAGCAACACAAGAAGCUGUUCCACUGUCCAAACAAACGAAUACAAGACCUAUGAUAAGUGAAGUUACGAAGAGGCAAACUACUGGAGAAAAUAAUCAAACAACGUCUAAUGCUUGA